CAAUGCCAAAAGAAUAAUAUUAAAAACAAAGUUGAACAUUGAAUAUCCCGAUAUAUCUUUUCCAGAUUUUUUGCCAAGAUUGGGGUUGCAAAAUUUGAUUUUCUCGGUUUAAUAACAUUAUAAUGCAACAGAUGGUCCGCAAUACAUCCUUGCAACUACUAUUCUUCUUCUUCUUCUUCAACUCUUGUGACUGUACUAAUCUCUUAUCGACUACUCAAACUAAGACCAUAAAUAGACUAGCUGAUUAUCAAGAUCCUACUUACAAGUUAGCUUAAUUUCCUUUUCUUUUCAUUCUUCUUCUUCCACUUUAUUUAUCUAAAAUAAUACUCCGUAACAAUGAGUUCAACAGAAUUAAUCGGCAAACCAGCUAAGGCACCGGAACCACCGGGUGCAUGGCCAGUCGUAGGUCAUCUUCCACUCAUCCGUCGUGGGAAUAAACCGGCUUAUGUAACUUUUGGAGAAUUGGCUGAUAAAUAUGGACCUGCUUUCAUGAUCCGGAUUGGUUUAAAUCGAGCGCUUGUGGUGAGUUCAUGGGAGGUAGUAAAAGAAUGUUAUACUGGUACUAAUGAUGAAAUCUUUUCUUCACGUCCUCCUACUGCAGGUCCAAGGCUCAUGUGUUAUGACCAGACCAUGUUUGGAUUUGCUCCUUAUGGGGAGUAUUAUCGUGAACUUCGCAAGAUUGCGAACCAUGAGCUGUCCACCACUAGGCUUCAGCUGGUACAGCAUAUGUGGGAUUCUGAGAUUAACACAUCUGUUAAAGAGCUGCACGAGUUGUAUCUGAACAAACCGGAAGCUAGUGAUAAUGGUGUAUUGGUAGAUUUGAGAAGAUGGUUUGCGAGUUUGACGUUGAACAUAUUUGUUAAGUUCGCUGUUGGGAGUACAACUGGUUUGGAUGCUGCCGAAGGUGGUGAUAAUGGCAAGACUAUUGUAGGACUGUACCCAAAACCGAUUGGAGAAUUUUUCAGGUUGAUGGGUGUCUCUGCUCUUUCGGACGCUUUACCGUUUUUGAGAGGGUGGUUAGAUAUUGGUGGGUUUGAGAAGGAAAUGAAGGUAAAUGGAAAAGCACUCGACGCUAUGAUGGAGAAAUGGUUACAAGAACAUAAAACGAGGAGCAAGAGUACUUCUUCGGAAUCAGGUGGUGGUGAACAAGAUUUCAUGGCUGUAAUGAUGUCCAUACUUCUUGGCGAUAACAAAGAAAUUGGGAAAUCAUCAAAACCUCAAGUGAAUGAUGAUACCAUAAGCAAAUCCUCUAGCCUGGCACUAAUCUUUGGUGGGACUGAUGCAACAAUGGUCAAUUUAGUUUGGGCUGUAACUUUACUACUCAAUAAUCAAUCUAAACUCCAAAAGGCGCGAGAGGAGUUGGACAACCAAGUAGGCAAAGACAGACAAGUGCAAGAAUCGGAUAUCAAAGAUCUUCCAUACAUCCGAGCAAUAAUCAAGGAAACAUUGCGUUUAUACGCAGUGCCUCUGUUGCCUCCACGGCAAUCUACAAAGGAUUGCGUCGUAGCUGGCUACUUGAUCCCUGCAGGAACACGUUUAAUUGUACAUAACCGGAAAAUCCAACGUGACCCACAGGUAUGGUCUGAUCCCUUGGAGUUCCAACCGGAGAGAUUUAUGCCCGGUGGUGAUAAGGAAGGUUUGGAUGUUAGAGGCCAGAAUUUUGAACUCAUUCCUUUCAGCGCCGGUAGAAGAAUGUGCCCUGGUGUUUCUUUUGCAACUCAAGUGAUGCACUUGGCACUUGCUCGGGUCAUCCAUGGGUUUGAUAUCAAGGCACCUUCGGACGCACCCAUUGAUAUGACUGAAAAUGUUGGAUUCACCAAUGUUAAAGCCACGCCACUCGAAGUGUUACUCACCCCACGCCUCUCUUCUGAACUCUAUGCUUAAGAUUAGCUUUUUCUUCAAAAGCUAAAAUUUCCAUCAAAAAUUGUUUUCAGUUUAUUCAUGUUCCACAAUAACUUGCUUCCCUUGUGCAAGAGUUGUUUGUCAUCCGUUCGCUGUACAAGAGUGUUGUUAGUUUGUUUUUUGUGACAGACAACCAUGUAUUUUCACACGAUUCCGAUGUAUAAUUUUCCUUUUUAUAUGUAUUGAACAAUACUUUCCAAUUAAA